AUGGACCCCCAGCACAACCCAGACGAACUCAUGGGAGAGGAGGAGCUUGGUGCCUCCUUCUCGGUCGAUUCCUUCUUUGCCGAGGAAGCAGUCACCCCCGCUGUCUCUGCUCCGCCCCCCGCGAAACGCGUCUGUGCUGCUGGUUCUUCCAAUUCUGCGCCUGUGGCUCCCCGUGCGGCCCCGGUGGUGCCGCCAGUCACUCCGGUCAUGGCUUCCGCAGCCGGUCCCUCCUCGGCUGCGCCUGCUCCUUCAACGUCGACCCAGGAAGCUAAUCCUGUGGUCGCCCUCGCCAUCACCGGCCGGUAUCAGCGCCUAAGGCGCAACCGUGAGACUGUUGGAGUCGUCGUCGCGGCUUUGGCCCGCGACACCGAUGCUCUUGUCGUGCUCCUGUUCCCUGAGGCGCUUGAAGCGCAUCGCAGUCGCAUCCUAACCCGCGUCCGCAGCAUCCUCCGCGGCCGUGAAUUCUCUGGUGGUCGCGUCCCUGUUUUCGAGGCCUCUGCAGGCGAGCUUCUUCGCCUUCCCCGUCGCUCGUACUGCCGUCACAUGCUUCAGUGGCCGUCGGUUGAUGACGCAAACCGGUUCAAGCAGCUCCCACCGAUCACUUACCGCUCGUCCGAGGGGUCGUCCGCGGAGAUCAAGGUUUACCAGGAUCCCGCUCCCGACUUCUCCGCGGCAAAGGCUCGUGGUGAAACAGUGCUGGUGCUGCGUAACGUGCCCUGGGUUUUGCGGUCCAAACGCUUCAUGCUCGGCAUAGCCGUCGCGCCUCCCAACGACCCGCUGUUCGAGGCCAUCCCGGCCGUGAUCUGGGUGCCUAACGUCCAAGAGCCCAUCUUGGUGAACAUCUCGGCACACUCGAUCAUUGGCCAGCAUCCCUCAGUGGCCUCCUUCAAGGCAGACCCCGGCACCUUCUUCAUCGGGACCGACCUCGAAGUGGAGGUCUGGACCUGUGCUCUGUGUUCCUUCUGCUGCGGCUGGGCACUGGACAGUGCCAUGGAGCACAUCGCCAGCCCCUCCCACCUGUCUGCCAUCCAGCAGAUCUCUGGCAGCCCCACGCCCCUGGAGGAGUAUGGGGAUGUGAAGGCCCAUGUCUUCAAUCAGAACGGCCCUAUCGCCGCCUUUCUCGCGUAG